CAGGGAGUUGGGACCACAGUAAAUCAAACAGUUCAAAGUUCGGACCAGUGAUAUUAGCAGCAACAAAAAUGGCAUAUAAUUUCAAUGUGAAGUACCAAGGAAUAGCUCUAUAAUAAACAAUAUAAAGGUGUUUUAUAUAUCAAAGUAUUAUGUAUCAAUGCUAACUCACCUUGCCAGCGCUUUUUACAGGUCUAUCAACAGCUCUGAAGUCUGAAGUCUGAAGUCGCAUCAAUUUUUUUCUGUGCAACCAGGAAGUAAACCGGAAGUUUCGAUUGGAAAAAUAAAUAAUGAAUGCUCCCGUCUCCAUAUUGAAAAAGCGUGCUUCCUUUAGUUUGAAGUUUCGAGAACAAUUUUGCCAAUAUGAAGAUUGAAGAGGUAAAAAGCACUACAAAAACCCAGCGAAUCGCUUCUCAUAGUCAUAUUAAAGGUAUAGGACUUGAUGAAAAUGGGUACGCUAUCCAGUCAGCCGCAGGAUUGGUCGGACAAGAGUUGGCGCGAGAGGCAGCAGGAAUUGUUGUUGAAUUGAUCAGAUCUAAAAAGAUGGCAGGUCGAGCAGUUCUUCUUGCAGGACCACCAGGAACUGGAAAGACUGCUUUGGCUCUUGCUAUUGCCCAGGAGUUAGGCUCCAAGGUGCCUUUCUGCCCCAUGGUUGGAAGUGAAGUCUACUCCACUGAAAUCAAGAAGACAGAGGUCCUCAUGGAAAACUUUAGAAGGGCUAUUGGGCUGCGUAUUAAAGAAACAAAGGAAGUGUAUGAAGGAGAAGUGACUGAGUUGACACCCUGUGAAACAGAAAAUCCAAUGGGAGGUUAUGGGAAGACUGUGAGUCAUGUUGUUAUAGGACUGAAAACUGCCAAGGGCACCAAACAGUUGAAACUAGACCCUUCAAUAUAUGAGAGUCUACAGAAAGAAAAGGUUGAAGUAGGAGAUGUUAUAUACAUAGAGUCCAACAGUGGGGCCGUCAAGCGCCAGGGUAGAUCAGACACAUUUGCUACAGAAUUUGAUCUGGAAGCUGAAGAGUAUGUUCCCCUCCCUAAAGGUGAUGUCCAUAAGAAGAAGGAGGUGAUUCAAGAUGUAACAUUACAUGAUCUGGAUAUUGCUAAUGCACGUCCUCAGGGUGGCCAGGACAUCAUGUCUAUGAUGGGGCAAUUGAUGAAGCCUAAAAAGACUGAGAUUACAGAUAAGCUGCGUAAAGAAAUCAACAAAGUUGUAAACAAGUAUAUAGACCAGGGUAUAGCAGAGCUCGUACCGGGAGUGUUGUUCAUAGAUGAAGUCCACAUGUUAGAUAUAGAGUGUUUCACCUACCUACACAGGGCCCUAGAGUCAACUAUAGCUCCCAUUGUCAUCUUUGCAACAAACAGAGGGAAAUGUUUAAUCAGAGGAACAGAGGAUAUAAUAUCAGCUCAUGGAAUGCCUUUGGAUUUGUUGGACCGUAUCAUGAUCAUCAGAACCCUUCCAUACUCACAGGAGGAAAUGACACAGAUCUUAAAGAUCAGAGCUGAGACUGAGAAUAUUGAGAUCUGUGAAGAAUCUCUGCAGCAACUUGGUGCUAUUGGCACUAAAACUACACUCAGGUAUGCUGUACAGUUACUAACCCCAUCUAAUUUAUUGGCAAAAAUAAAUGGCAAGGAAGGUAUAUCCAAAGAGGAAAUUGAAGAAAUGAGUGAACUUUUCUAUGAUGCUAAACAAUCAGCUAAAAUAUUAGCAGAACAGGGGGAUAAAUUCUUGAAAUAAUGGA